AUGAACGAUGUAUUAGACAUUCACUCGGAUGUUAUCUUCGAUGAGACUAUUACUCAUUAUGAAAUUCAUGCUCAUCAGCCGUAUUCAUCGUCGAGCUUCGAUAAUAACGAUGAGAUAAGAAUCGCCAUACAGCACCAAGAAUUAAAUUUGCUGCCAUCGCAAAGCUACAUACAUAUAUUUGGAAGACUUUCGACCACCGCAAAUACACCGGUGACUUCGACUCAAUUGGUGAAUAAUGGCAUAUGUCAUCUGUUUGACGAAAUACGCUAUGAAAUCAAUGGGAUUGAAAUCGAUCGAUGCAAAGCAGCUGGUAUCACGACUACUAUGAAAGGAUGUGCCUCGUUCAGCUCUGCACGGGCGCAUCGUCAAGAGAAUGCUGGCUGGUGUAACGAUCUAUCGCAGCACCCGCCCGUCGCUGAUACUGCUGGAAAUUUCGAUGUGCAUUUACCGCUUAAUAUGAUUUUUGGUUUUGCUGAGGAUUAUAAAAAGAUCAUUGUCAACGCAAAGCAUGAACUAAUUUUGGUGAGAUCACGCACAGAUCUAAAUGCAGUGGUGCAGUUGCGGCCCCAGGCAGUCGAACUUGGUGAAAAUCCGACGCAGGCCCAGCGCGAUGCAGCAGCGCGGGCGGCGCAACCGGAAGCAUUCAAGAUAACUUUGAAAAAAAUAGAAUGGUGUAUGCCGUCGAUACAACUUUCAAAUGCUAAUAAAAUUCAGCUUCUCAAAGAACUGGAGACAAAUCGACCUGUUAAAAUAGCUUUUAGAUCGUGGCAGCUGUUUGAGUGGCCGUCUAUACCUGUGGCGACAAGACAACAUGUUUGGGCCGUUAAGACCUCGAGUCAGCUUGAAAAGCCACGAUUCGUAAUUAUAGGCUUCCAGGCCAAUCGAAAAUCAAGUGCUUACCAAAACGCGAGCAUGUUCGAUCACUGCCACAUAACUAAUGUCCGGCUAUUUUUAAAUUCUCAAUAUUAUCCCUAUGGCAAUUUAAAUAUCGACUUUACACAAAACCAAUAUGCUCGUCUUUAUGAGAUGUAUGCCAAUUUCCAGUCGAAUUAUUAUGGCAAAAAUUCAAAACCAAUGUUGAGUCGGGCGCAUUUUAAGGAUUAUAUGCCGCUGAUAAUCAUUGAUUGCUCGAAGCAGAAUGAAUCUUUGAAGGCAGCGCCGGUAGAUGUGCGCAUCGAAUUUGAGUCCAACGAACCUUUUCCACCCAAUACGUCUGCAUACUGUCUUAUCUUGCAUGAUAGAAUCAUAGAACAAAAUAUUUUGAGUGGAGAAAUUAAAAAAGUAACAUAG